AUGAAGUCGCAGACUGGUCCACCAGGUGAAAGAGGAGAGCCUGGUAUUCCUGGCGACUCCGGCCGCCCCGGCCCCCCAGGACAGAUGGGAGGGCAAGGAUUUGUUGGACCACCAGGGAGUCCUGGACUUAGAGAUGGGUUAUUCGGUCAUGGUCCCUCUGGUCCACCUGGCCCAGUAGGACGAGCAGGUCCACCAGGUCCAUCGGGAGCUCCUGGAAAACAAGGUGGCAUUGGAAUGAAGGGAGAUGGUGGACAAAAGGGAGGCCAAGGGUCGCCCGGACCAGCAGGUGCAGUGGGAGGGGUUUACACUCACUGGGGCGGAGUAUGCACCGAUCGAAAUACAAUCGUUUACACUGGGAGAAUGGGAAGCAGUGUACACAAUAAUACAGGUGGAGCCAGCAACUACCUCUGUCUACCUGACAGCCCUUCCUAUAGCACCCCACGAGAGGGUGGCCUCGAUCCAGGGAGUGGGACCGUGGCAGCUGUUGAAUUGACCACAAGCAGUCAAGUGCUAAAUUGCAGCUGGAUUUCCGAGUAUGUUGGAUUUCUCAUGUCACAAUUGGACAGUCAAUCACGUACAGAGUUUAUUUGCGUCGAUCAGAGAGCGAAGACGAUGAAUGUCAAUGGAGUGGCUACUGGAGCUGGAGGUCAAGUCUAUUUUGUGAAGGCCGAUUGUGAAAGUGGACUACCUUGUCCAUCGUAUAAUAGCAACCAAGAACUGAGCUGUAUUGUUUGCUCACGAUCCUUGUCCAUUGUAUAA